CAGACGCGCUCCGUCGCGCUCAUGUCUCGAGCCGUUCUCCGUACAUUACUAUGACCAUAUGCGUGCCAAGUUGACUCGCGUCGCCUGCGCGUCGACGACAGCGUUGCGUACCAGAGGAAAACAUGGACGAGUCGUCUUUGCUGGAUCUGCUGGAGUGUUCUGUGUGUCUGGAGCGGCUGGACACCAGCGCCAAAGUGCUGCCCUGUCAGCACACCUUCUGCCGCCGCUGCCUGGAGAACAUCGUGAGCUCCAGACACGAGCUGCGCUGCCCGGAGUGCCGCAUCCUGGUGGACUGCGCGGUCGACGAUCUGCCUGCGAACAUCCUGCUGGUGCGUCUCCUGGACGGGAUUAAACAGCGCCCGCGGAACGGAGGAGGGAGAGCGGCGCUGGCGGGGUGCGCGGCCGGUGUGUCGGCUUCGCCCGCGGGGACAGCGGUGCGGGAUCUGCCCGUCACCACGCGGAGCUCCCCGGUCAAGAACGUUCCUCAGCUGCCGUGUGGAAAAGCGCUUUACAGCUACGAGGGCAAAGAAGCGGGCGACCUGAAGUUCAACAAAGGCGAUAUCAUCAUCCUGCGGCGGAAGGUGGACGAGAACUGGUUCCACGGCGAGCUCAACGGCAGCCACGGCUUCCUUCCAGCCAGUUACAUCCAGUGCAUCCGACCGCUGUCCCAGACGCCGCCGCAGGGGAAAGCGCUCUACGACUUCGAGGUCAAAGACAAAGACCAGGACAAAGACUGCCUGACCUUCACUAAGGACGAGAUUCUCACCGUCAUUCGAAGAGUGGAUGAUAACUGGGCAGAAGGCAUGCUGGGAGAUAAGAUCGGGAUUUUUCCUAUCUUAUAUGUGGAGCUGAAUGAAACGGCGAAGCAGCUGAUGGAGAUGGACAAACCGUCCGCGAGCGCAGAAGCCGUCAGCUGUAAUGGGAACGGUGCGCACAGACACGCCGAGGGGAAGAAGAACGCCAAGAAGCGUCACUCGUUCACAGCGCUCAGCGUGACGCAGCGCUCGGCCCAGGUGCUGGGAAACAACCGGCACUCGAUGGAGAUCAGUGCACCUGUGCUCAUCAGCUCCUCGGACCCCCGCGCCGCUGCUCGCAUCGCAGACUGCCCUCACCUGUCCUCCAGCGCACCUGCCACACAGGACUCUUCAAUCACAGCAAACGCAGGAGUUUCAGUUCCGCCGCGCAUCACGUCAACAACCGGAGAGCUGCUCGCCGCCGCUAAAGUCCAGCUGCCUCUCAACAUAUAUCUGGCCAUGUACGCUUACAAACCGCAGAAGGCGGAUGAGCUGGAGCUGCGGAAGGGAGAGAUGUACCGUGUGAUGGAGAAGUGUCAGGACGGCUGGUUCAAAGGCACGUCGCUGCGCUCCGGAGCGUCUGGAGUUUUCCCAGGAAACUACGUCACGCCCAUCUCCAGGGUGUUUUUCAGACAGCAGAUGCAAAGGCUCAUGGUUAACCGCGAACAUCUGAUGAUUAUAAAGAACAGACUCACGGAGAUCCAAAUUGUGUGUGUGUGUUUUGUGUGUGUUUGGUUCGCCGUGGGUCAGACGCGCUCAUGCCUCUCUGGAGCGGCUCAGGCUCAGGCUCCUGGAUCCCCGGGCUCCGCCGGUCCCUCCAGUCCGGUCCUGCUGGCGUCUGCGUCCCGCUCCAGCACACCGCUCAGCAGCCCGUCGUCUCCGCAGCUGCAUCUGAAGAACUGCCUGCGCAUGUGCAGCCAGCAGACGGUCAAUCAGGCGCGCUCCGCCUUACAGCUCGUCCACAGUCCCCCGGCGAGCAGCAGCAGUCCAUCUCGUUCCCCGGCACGGGCCCCGUCUCAUGCCGCCUCCACUCGACCCCUGAGGCCCCUGAGCUCCGUCGCCGCCGCCAUCACGCCUCCGAACACCAGCGCGGUGCAUCUGAACAGAGCGGAGCCGUCCUCACCUGCACACGCAGACGCAGCUCUGCACAAACUCGAGGACAAGAAGCUGGAGAAGAAAGAGAAGAAGAGCAGCGGUCUCCUCAAGCUUCUCUCCGGAGCCGCAGCAAAAAGGAAGUCUCGCUCUCCGCCGUCCGUGUCUCCGACGCACGAGCCGUCCGCUCACAGCCGAGCCGGAUCCUGCCCCAUCGAGAGCGAGAUGCAGGGUGCGAUGGGAAUGGAGCCGCUGCACAGAAAGUCCGGAUCGCUGGACCUCAACUUCUCCGUGUCUCCGCCUGCGCGACAGCCCUGCUCCUCCUCGCCGCUCGCCGUCCGGCCCGAGCCCAAGCCUCUGUCCCGAGAGAGGUACCGUGUGGUUGUGCCGUACCCCCCGCAGAGUGAAGCAGAGAUCGAGCUGAAGGAGGGAGACAUCGUGUUUGUGCACAAGAAGAGAGAAGACGGCUGGUUCAAAGGCACUCUCCAGCGCACCGGCCGGACAGGCCUGUUCCCCAGCAGCUUCGUGGAGAGCUUCUAGAAGAUCAGAACCAGCCAACAAGCUCCAAACGAGCAUCUCUACUGCCAUCGUCCUCCUCACACAUCCGUCAGGAGGCCUUUCACAAGACAGAUCCAGCUCAGAUAGUGUCUUCAUCUCCAUCAGAUCCUGACAGAAGCUCAGAGACGCUGGGAAAUGAUUCCUUCAAACCGGUUCAUCCUCAGAUUCCCGUGCGAGAUCUCGUGUUUUAUUCCCGUCUUAAAUCAGCAGAUCUGAAUGAUGACGACACGACGAGGAUGUUAUUUAUCGCUUAUGAUAAGAUGUGAAUGUAGGGAGUGAUGAAUCUCACAGAACCUGAAAAAACCAAGAGUGGCAUAUUUCACACCAAAAUCAAGAGAGAAAAAAAGAAUGAAAAUAAAAAAUAUAAAUACAUAACAAUAACGAACUUAAUUAUAUUUUGCAUAAAGCAAUUAAUUUUUUUUUUUUUGCAUAAUUUUUUUAUUAUUUGCCCACUAGAUUCUCAUUACUAGUGGAAAAAAAAAAAUUCAUGAUAUAUUAUUUAAAUGGUAAAAUAUUAAUGCAGCAUGUUAGUAUCAAUGUAGUAGUGCCUUUAUGCUCAUUCAAAUAUAUAUAAAAAUGCAUUACAGGAAUUACACUAAUGAGAGUUCAGGGUUAAAUGUGUGUAAUUGUGAAAAUAACGUCACUACAGUGAUUCACAAUAUUACCAUUUUUACAGUAUUCUUGAUCAAAGAAAUGCAGCCUUCGUAUAUUAAAUUUUUUUCUUUCUUUUA